GUCGUCCUCAACCUCUGUUGCCAUGGCAGCCCGCCGCCUCAAGCCUCUCCUCGACCGCGUUCUCGUCCAGCGCCUCGAGACUGCCACCAAGAUAGGAAGCGUGUACCUCCCUGACACAGCGCAGAGCAAGACCCACCAGGGAACUGUCCUUGCCACUGGACCAGGGGCAAGGACAACCGCCGGGGAAACUAUCCCCAUGUCUGUGAAGGAGGGAGAUACGGUGUUGUUGCCGGAGUAUGGAGGGGACAAGGUGAAGAUCGACGACAAGGAGUAUCUUCUCCUGCGCGAGACUGAGAUUCUAGGAGUUCUGGACACGAAGUAGUUGUUGGUGUCUCGGUGAAAGAGUAAAGGUUGCACGAGA